AUGGAGCCACCACUACCUCCUUUUCUUACACUGUUGAUGCAGAAGACUGAGCCUGGUUUGCAUGAGUACAAUCAUCUGCUCUCAAACAUUGACAAGUACUACACUCAUCUGGAAGCAGGAAUGGAAAAUGAAGCCCUCCGAGACCAGAUCCUGUUGAACCCCACGCGAACCAUCUCACGUCUCCAAAAGUCCUUCAAUCUCCUCAAAAAUCAGAAGCUGUCUGCCGCCGUGGCGGAGGAAAUCUUCAAAACCAUCGUCAAAACCCUUGUCAACUCGCCAGACCACAUGCUCACUCGAGAACAGGCCAUCCAGCUGGUCGGGUCCUCGCUCCCUGUCAUCACUCGCUAUCCGGGAGCUUACUUACAGCUCGUUGCAGACCUUCUUCUCGCAUACGAAGGAAUGUUUGAGUACAUGGUGGCUGAUGAGAAGUACUGCUCUGCCAUGAAGCCAUGGUUGCUUUCGAAGAAAACAUACCUGGACAUUCAAAUCCUCACCAAGAUCGCAGAAAGGCUCAUUGCCAUGUGCGAGAGCUGCUCAGGUCACGGUGUUAGUAACGUGGCUGAAAGCUGGCACAAAGCCAGGACACUGUUAUCUUCAUUGAAUAGCCUGAUUGAUUCCCACCACAACGGGAACCAAAAAGUCUGUCGGAAAGAAGAUAUUCCUCCCGUGGAGAAGAUGCGGGCUCUUAAUCCGGAUGACAAGAAGUCCAAUCGGGUACGCACAGUGCAGACCCAAAGGAGCUCAUUCAAAAUACCUCCGCCAGUUCUUGAAGGCCUGGAGGCCCUUAAUGGACCAAAUAUAAGCUCCGCUGGUCAACUUGUUCAUGCUUUGGACUUCAUCCAGAAUGAAACGACUCCCGAGCUCUUACACAAAGCAUUGGAGAGCUUCCCGUGCAGAGUCUGCUUAGAGAGACUGACGGGAACUGCGACCACAUUCUCGGACCCAGCAGACGACGUUAGUCGUCUAGCCUUGAGUAACAGUCAUUCAAUCGACAUAUUCGGGAAGAAAGUCGGCCUGUGGAAGGUUUUGGUCUCCGAUGCCGCGACCAAGAACGCGAAGAAGCUGGCUCGGACAGGCAGCUUUUCACGCGUGGAGAUGAAGCUCAGGGAAUUGGCCAGCGGUGCAUGGAAAGGUAAAGACCUUUCACAUCGCAUUGGCUCCAAGAAGCAGAAGCAGGAAAUGCUUGUUCCGGUCCUGCAAGCGCGGGUCAGCCGCACCGUAUCGAUCCUCUGGCAGGUUGAUGUGGGGUUUGAGCAUCAAUUCCCAAACGUUCAACAGCAGAUUGUGAAAAUUUGGCAAAUUACCAACUCAGAUGACGAAGUUGACGCUGCGAUCAAUCACAUCAUCAGCCUCCAGAGUUACUACUCCCCGGAAGCCAUCAGCCUUUGCCAGAAACGUCCGGGGCAGCAGCUCGAUGGUAUUUUUUUCCCGAACAAGCUUGGCUUUGUCCAGGAAAGCCAUACUACGGGAAAACCUGUAGGCGCAGCCAAGGUUGAUCAUGCUUUGAUCGAAAUGUCAAAUAAGUUCUACAAUGUGACUGAGCCGUUUCUCAAGUCCAUUGUCAGUACGACAGGCCGCGAGGAGUUCCCCUUUGACCUCUCGCCCGAGGAAAUAAAGAUUGUCGGGCACUUUGAUACCUCCAGCUUGAUUUUGGGAAGAAGCGGUACGGGAAAGACCACAUGUCUUCUUUUCAAGAUACUCGCCAAAUACAGAGUGAGGCAGGCUAUGCCGGAUGAGAAGUCGAUUCGUCAGCUUCUCUUGACUCGAUCCCCAUUUUUGGCUGCAAAGCUUCAGGCUUAUGUCAGAAGCCUGAUUGAUACGCAGUCCGAAAAAGGUUUGAACGAAGGGCCCUCCCAUAAUGAGAAGCCGGAAUCCUUCUUCGCUUUGAAAGAUGAAGAUUUCCCGUUUGUCUGUACCUACGACGAGUUCUUGGAUCUUCUUGAGAAUACUUUCAGACGAGCAAACCGACAAGACUUUUUGGGGAACAGCCGCCCCAGGACAAAAUGUACAAAUUCAGAUCUGUCAGCACUCGACAAGCCCAGAGUGAUUGACUUCAACGUAUUCAAAACGGAGUAUUGGAGCUGCCUCUCGGGCAUUGCUCCAUCAGGAUGCUCCCCUGAGCUUCUGUUUGCGGAGAUUAUGGGAGUCAUCAAGGGUUCAGGAAUUUCUGCAAGCACCCUGAUGCCCCUGACCCGUGCCGAGUAUCUCUCCAAGUCUUCAAAGGUCUCACCAGCGUUUGCCUCAGAGGCAGAGCGUGAAAAGGUCUACCAGUCUUUUGAGCGAUACGAACGACAGAAGAAGCAGCGGAACCAGAUUGAUGAGCUGGACCGUGUCAGCGAUUUGUUGAAGUUGCUGAAAGGCAAUUCCUCGUUAGAAACACUGAUUCGUCAAUGUUUUGAAGAAGUUUACGUGGACGAAAUCCAAGACCUGCGUUGCCUUGACAUCGUUCUGCUGCUGAGCUGCCUCUGUGACGCUCGUGGAAUCCACCUUGCGGGAGACACGGCACAGUGUAUCUCGAAGGACUCCGCUUUUCGAUUUCCCGAAAUCAAAGCCCUUUUCUACGAUUACUAUGAGCUAAUAUCCAAGGAGCUGAAUCAGCCGUCCAUCGCCAAGCCCGUGCAAUUCAUGCUGGCCAAGAACUACCGUUCUCAUCAAGGUAUUCUUAGCUUUGCAUCAUGGGUCAUGGCAAUGCUGUGGAACGGGUUCCCAGAGACUAUUGACAAGCUGGACCCGGAGAUCGGUCAGACAGGAGGUCCCAAGCCAAUUAUCUUUGCCGGGUUUGACUCUUCAAUUCUUUCCGCCAAGAUGAUCGGUCUAGUCAAGCUGAACGAUCAGGUAGCUGACUUCGGUGCUGAACAAGUCAUACUUGUUCGGGACGAAGCAUCCAAGGACAAACUGCAGGCUCAGAUAGGCGAGAUUGCUCUUGUGCUUACCAUCCUCGAGAGCAAGGGCAUGGAGUUCGAUGAUGUCCUCAUUUAUGACUUUUUUGGUGCAAGUGAACUCGGAAGUAGCUAUCGCUGUUUGCAUUUGCUCGCCCAUGGACAACGUGCAAAGUUUGACUCUCAAAGACAUGCAGCACUCUGCUCGGAACUCAAGCAUCUCUAUGUUGCAGUGACAAGAGCUCGGAAGCAGCUGUGGUUCAUGGAGACUGUUGAGAACAGCACUGAUCCAAUUCUUCAAGCACUUUCAAAUGACGGAGAGAUUCAACUUGCCGAACUAGUGAGAAAGAAUGAUCAGGAUGUUGCAACAAAGGUUAAGGUGCUUCGUGCAGGUGGUUCGGUGGACCCAGACAGAUGGCUGAAGCGAGCGGCACAUCUUCUGCACCAAAAGAACUUCGCAGAUGCCCUGUUCUGCUUCAAGAAGGCAAAUGACCCUCGUGGUAUUGCACAUGCCCAAGCUUGGCUUCAUGAGCAAGAAGGCCGAUCACGCCGGGCAGCCAAUGAUAUUGAAGGUUCUACCGCAAGUUAUGAAAAAGCAAUCGUGCUUUUCCUGGAACUCGGGUUGUUCUCCGAUACUGCUGACUGCUAUCAGGCUCUUGGAAGAUACGACAAAGCUGGAGAAACCUGGAGGAACCAAGGCCAGCUCCCCAAAGCCGCAGCCUUCUACGAGAAAGGCGGCCACUUCCGGGAAGCCUCCGAUUGUUUCCAUUUAAGUGGAGAAUAUGAGCAGGCAAUUGAGGUUCUGCGCCGAGGCGACGAAUUUGACGAGAUCAUUCAUUACAUCAAACGGCAUGGUCGAAGUCUUAAUCCCAAUACUCUCCACCGCUAUUCUCGACUUUGCAACAUCUUACUGAAACAAGGUCGGAUUUCUACCGAGCUGAGGGAGACAACCAUCAGUCUCCUGGGGUCUGAUGUUGAAAAACUGGCAUUCUUCAAGGAAUUUGAGAUGUUCGAUCAGAUGCGCUCUCUAUACAAAGAUCGUCGCAGAUGGUUCGAGUACUACGAGCUGUCGGUCGCUGUUGGAGAUCUACCCGGAGCGAUGGAUACCCUUCUGACGCAGAAGCUGCUACCGGUGAUCGACAAGAAAACGGCCGAGUACAUUCUUCACUACACUAUGGCUGAGACCCUGCUUUCCCAUCGAGGCAUAACUGAAAGUAGGCCCGAGCUCGAAAAGGACCUUUUGCAGUCAUCUCGAUCGACACCUUUGGAGAGGACCUCUCUGCAGUGGCUUGAUAUUUUCAACCUGAUUGAUCAAUUCGAAGAAAAGGAUGCCCAGGCGUCAUACAGAUCGCUAGUGGUGAGCCCGAUUCUGAUAGAUUUUUUCUGUCUCUUUGCAGUUGCCUACCAUACCGAAAUCAAGCUUCUCGAUAGAUCCAAGCUCAUGCAUCUGCCCAUGGACAUCAUCAACCAUGCCAGUCGACUCAUUCAAAACAAGGAAUCCGGAGACAUGCAAUUGUCGGUAGAUGGUCUGAUGCUUCUCUGUGGUUUGUGGAGUUCACCAAAGAACUCUACCCAGAUGAUGAUGCUUCCUUGGUCUCCCCUUAAAACCUAUGGGGCUCAAUUGCCCGAGGAUAACUCGCCGGGCAAUCUGCUCAGCCAGGCUAGAAUCUGGAUUCAAGAGAAAUUCUCCAAUGCCCUUGUACGCUUCGAAGGGUGUGCUUUCAAUCUCUUCAAGGAGCUAUUUCCCAAACGCUGUGGUGCUUUCCUUGUCCGAGGAUCUUGCAUCAAGGCCCGGAUGGGGGAAUGCAACCUUUUCCAUGAAAAACCAAGCUAUAACGACUGCUUUCUGAAGUUGACUUGCCUUCUAAAUGUCAGUGAGGUUUUCAACAGACUCAGCAUCUUGUAUUACCAAAGAGACAUGCCAGACUCCUUCAGCCAGCCUUUCCUUGGCAUGCGGAGACGUUGGUUGCAACUGCUGCUCGAUGAACUGAUCUUUGUCACCCCUUACGAACAUUCACCUGAGGCGAUUGUCAAGGUGCGCACAAUGCUCCAGAACAAUCCCAUGUUUUUUGCCACCACAUCCAAUCUGGAGAAUCUUUUGUUUUAUCGCAUAAAGGAAGAGUGGUAUCAGAUCCACAGCUUCAGCGGAAUCCUUCAGCAGGUUCAAAUAGCCCAGUUCCUUGGACCUUGGGUUGCUUUAAGCUACAUUCGCGCACUAGCAAAGAAAAAAAGCUACAUUCUGUACCGUCACCGAUCCGGAACACAUCCAUUGAAGAACAGCUUCAACGCUGUUCUGGUGGUCGAUCAGAUUCGAUGGGCCAUUGCAGAGGGAAGAAUCACCGAUUUUGUAAGGCAAUCCCUCUCUGGGGCCUAUAUAAAUGCUGAUUCAAACCUACAGUAUUCCCGAGUCAGGGAAUUUCUCAUUUGCAUGGAGCGUGCCGAGACUUCCGCUCUCUCGAACUUCCACAGCGUGAUCACCGUCAUCGAGUUCGUGUCAACAUUCGUUCUGUGUCUCGUGAAUCCCAACAACGCCAUCGUGGUGCCUUGGUCAUGGGCUGUACAAUACCUGCCAGCACUUUACGCGGCUCCUGUCCAUCGGAACCACGUUAUCCCUGAAUCGGAUCGACUAUUGCAGCUUGGACUCCUCAAGGCAAUUGUCAUGUCAUUCUGCAAUAUUGCUGAUACCUUGGCGCAUGCUGUAACUUGUCAUGACUUCUCGUUCCAAGUUCUGGGUCGCAAAUCUUCGCCCUCGGUCCAAAAGAAGCGCAUUUUUGACUACCUGACCACAAUCCUCCUGAAUCUGGCAUCCCAUCCAGUCGCCCCUCGAGGCUUGGCUGAGAUCUGGGAAAAGGCACAAAUGGUAGUCACCACCGUGGCACCUCCGAGCUUCGCCCCUCCCAGUACGUUCGACAAACUUCGGGAGUCAGUUAUGCGGGAAUAUGUUGGUUACAAUGGUAAGGACAGACUGCAAGUGGUCUGUCUCGAUGACAAUGUCAAAUGCCCAACUUUCUUGCGCGGUUUUCUGGCCACUCCGGAUGGGCAUGUGAAGCUCGGCACACUUCUCGAAAGCUCAUCGGCAGAAGAUAAAAAUGUCCCCACGACUCUUGGAAAGGAUGCCUCUGAGGCAGAUGAGUACACCUGUCAUGAGCUGGAAAUCAUCACCAGACUCCAACGCCGCUGGCGACGAGUCAUGAAAGCUCUCGCCGAUGCCCGUUAUCUACGGCAAUCCGUUGAAGGACAGAUCUUCCUCCAGCUCUUUGGGUUGUGCCACCAACGAUUCAACACCCUCCCUGGCUCAGCCCGCAUAUCCACCAGAGAAAAGAUCCACCUCCGCAAGCUGCUCUUUACCGACGGUGUUGAAAUACUCGUGGAGCUUGAUAACUUGGGUACAAGUCUUCGCCGACUAAAAGAGCACUGGAGAUACCGUCUGGAAAACCCGCGUGUCACCGCAGAAGAGAUCGAAGCCCUCGAUAUGGUACAUGGACAAAUCCGUCCCAUGGAGACCAAGCUCAGCGAUAUUGCAUUGACAUGGUCGCUGAAGGGUCUGAGCACCAGCAUCGUCAUGGCCUCGGCGAAGUCUCACGGUGAGAAGGCUCGGGAAGCUCAGCGCAUCAUCUGGACAGUGAAGCAUGAGAUCGAGGUUGUGCGGAGCCAAAUCAACGGGGUUGGCAAACUAGACUCUGCGAGGAGUUAUUGA